CUACUUUGGUCUAACCAAAAUGGCGAUCCUUAUGUAGGGGUCGAGUGUGGAUACAUGCCAUAUUUUCUUUACUUUUAGGCAGCGUAUUAACGUAUUAACGAGUCUGAGAGCCAUGCUCACUAACCUAGGACUGCGGGCCGCUCUGCGGUGGUCGGCUGGGGCUCUCCGUCAAAGCUCCGCUCUGUGCUCGGCUGUGUCGCUCCAAACGCGAACAUGCAGCCCAUCAGGACCGACAGUGAGCCGUGUUGCAGGAAAUUUUGUGGUUCUGCCACCGCUAAGACAUUAUGCUCGAGGUCAAAAGCAAACAACAUCAGAGAGCCAGCUGAGUGAUCUUCAUCCAACAAUGCUGAAGAAGGAUUAUGCGGCUGUUCCCAUUGUUCAAACGACUGAUGAUCUGGUCAAGCGGCUUCUGUCUCUGGAGCUGGCGAGUCAUAGUGAAAAGCUAAAGCUGAAAACGGAGCAAUUGGUUGCAAAAGUCCAGAAGGAUGAGUAUGACCGCAGCUCAGUGGAAGUCCGGGUGGCUGUUUUGACUGCGAGAAUCCGAAAUUAUCAAGAGCAUUUGAAAAAACAUCACAAGGACAAAGCUAACAAGAGGCGGAUGCUCAUGGCCAUUGACCGGAGGAAAAAGCUUUUGAAAAACCUUAGGCUGGUUCGCUAUGAGGCCUUUGAGAAAGUGUGUGAGCAGCUGGGCAUCACCUACACCUUCCCCCCUGAAUACUACAGACGGGUCACCCGCCGCUGGCUGGCCAAAAAAGAAUUCUGCAAAAAGGUCUACAAAGCAGUGCAGAAGCAGAAAGCAGAACAGAGGCUGAGGAUGAAGCAGAGUUCAACACAAAUGAAUGCAGCUACCACAAAAGCAGAAGAGACUUAAUAAAAGAUAAUAUGAUUAGGAUUGCAACAGUUCACUCUUGAUGCUUGUCAUGACCAAAUUCGUGUGUGGAUAAAUUCACUUGUCGACAAAUGGGCUCUUCUUUCUUUCACUUGUUUCCAUCUUGUAAUACUGUUUGCUUUUGUCUUCAAGUCAAUGUCAAGAAUUGUCUGUAAAUGUCAGGAUUGAAAGCAAAUAAAAUGUCCCAGAACGUUAA